CGGCCGCCAUUUUGUGUAAGGCCCACUCUCCCUAAGCGGGAGAAAACUAUUAGUGCGGACGCUCAGAGACGCACGGACGUUUACGGCGGGACGGAGGGGAACGACCCCAUGCAGCGAACAUCCAGCUCGAUAUAACCGAGGGAGGAAGCUUUCGGGAGUUGUUAACAGGCAGUUGCCAUGGAGGGAGAGGUUGUUGCCAUGGAGACCACACAAGUUGCUGAUGGAAAGGUCCAGCCAGAGGGUGGAGAGGGCUUGAUACAAGGGGCCGUCAUAGCUACACAUGGGGAGGUGGUCGAUGACAUGGGGAUGGUGGUGAUGGACGCUCUUGAUCCGACUCUGCUGCAGAUGAAGACUGAGGUGCUGGAGGGCGGCGGCACAGUGACUGUUACUGGCGGAGAUGAGGGACAGAUCAUCACGCUACAGGUGGUGAACAUGGAGGAGCAGACUGGAGCAGCGUUAGGUCUUGGUCAGCUGCAGCUGGUGCAGGUACCAGUGACAAGGGCCACUGUUGAGGGGCUCCAAGCCACCUAUGUGGAUGCAUCAACUGCUAACAAGGACGCAGAUCCAGUUAUCUGUCACACUCUUCCCUUGCCUGAGGGCUUCCAGGUGGUAAAAGUGGGUGCCAAUGGUGAAGUUGAGACCGUAGAGCAAGAGGAGAUGGAAGCAAACAACGAGGAGCUUCUAGAGGUGAGGGGUGAGGAGGAGGAGGAUGGGGUGGAAGAAGAAGAAGAGCCAGCAGAAGUAGAAGCCACUGUGCCUCUAGAAGAAGACCCAGAAUGGUCUAAAGACCCAGACUAUCAGCCCAUCAGCAGUCUACGAAAUAAAGGGAAGAAAGGAAAAAAGAGCCGCCUGCGCUAUGGAGAGGGCAACCGUGACAUGGAUGUCUCCGUGUACGACUUUGAAGAAGAGCAGCAGGAGGGAAUGCUGUCCGAAGUGAAUGCUGAGAAAGUUGUGGGCAACAUGAAGCCACCAAAGCCCACCAAGAUCAAGAAAAAAGGUGUGAAGAAGACCUUCCAGUGCGAGUUGUGUAGCUACACCUGUCCUCGGCGCUCCAACCUCGACCGACACAUGAAGAGCCACACAGAUGAGCGACCACAUAAAUGUCACUUGUGUGGACGGGCGUUUAGGACUGUCACACUGCUGAGAAACCACCUCAACACACACACCGGCACUAGACCACACAAGUGUACAGAUUGUGACAUGGCCUUUGUGACCAGCGGUGAGCUGGUGCGUCACCGUCGCUACAAACACACACACGAGAAGCCUUUCAAGUGCUCCAUGUGUGACUACUGCAGCGUGGAGGUCAGUAAGUUGAAGAGGCACAUUCGCUCUCACACUGGGGAGCGACCCUUCCAGUGCAGUCUGUGCAGCUAUGCUAGCAGAGACACUUACAAGCUGAAGAGGCACAUGAGAACACACUCUGGUGAAAAACCGUACGAGUGCUACAUCUGCCAUGCGCGCUUCACACAGAGCGGCACCAUGAAGAUGCAUAUUCUGCAGAAACACACAGAGAAUGUGGCCAAGUUCCACUGCCCACACUGCGAUACCGUCAUCGCGCGCAAAAGUGACCUGGGUGUUCACCUGCGGAAGCAGCACUCGUUUCUUGAGAAGGGAAAGAAAUGCCGUUACUGUGACGCUGUGUUUCACGAGCGUUACGCUCUCAUCCAACACCAGAAGACUCACAAAAAUGAGAAACGCUUCAAGUGUGAACAGUGUGACUACUGCUGCAGACAGGAACGCCACAUGGUAAUGCACAAGCGUACACACACUGGGGAGAAGCCAUUUGCCUGCAGUCAGUGUGACAAAACCUUUAGGCAGAAGCAGCUCCUGGACAUGCACUUCAAGCGCUACCACGAUCCCAACUUUGUGCCCACGGCCUUCGUUUGCAGCAAGUGCAGCAAGACGUUCACCCGCAGGAACACCAUGCUUCGUCACACCGACAACUGCUCGGGUGAGAUUGAAGACGAGAAUGGAACUCCUGCCCCCAAAAAGGCUCGUCGGGGCAGGAAGAGGAAGAUGCAGAGCAGGAGGGACGAUGAUGACACAGAAGAUGAGCUGGAUGAGGUAGAGGAGGAAGAGGAGCUAAGUGAGCUUGAGGUGGAACAGGACCCACCAGUUGUCCCUAUACCGGCCCCCGUGGAGCCACCAGUCAAAAGGAAACGUGGACGGCCCCCAAAGAAUAAGCCAAACAUACCCACAUCUGACCUGAAACUGUCAACAGCGGCCGCCGUCAUCCGUGUGGAGGACGAGGCCACUGGAGAGGUGGAUGACAUAAUCGUGAAGAAGGAGGUUGGAGUCGAUCACGAUGACCAUGAGGAGGCAAAUGAUGGGGCCGUAGAGGAGGUGGUGGUCGGUGGAGGGAAGUCAACUACCCAGCUGGAGGAGUUGCCCCAGGAAGAGGGGGCGGCACCGGAGGUGUCUGAGGCCCCACCGAACGGAGACCUCACUCCCGAGAUGAUCCUAAGCAUGAUGGACCGGUGAUGGAUUUGAGAGUCGAGCCUGUAAACACGCAUACAUCCAUAAUCACGUCUUCAUUUUUAAUUGUAAUAUAAGAUUGGCUUUGUCAUCAUGUGUUGAUGAGAGUUGGAUUAUUAUGGAUUUCCUUCCCAAAAAUGUUUUUUUUUUUUUUUAGUACAUUUGAAUUUAGGGGUGGGCUGUAAUUGGCUGCAGUAUCUUUAGCUGUUAUGUAGUAGGGAACUUUUUUAUAUACAUCAUAAAAACUCUUCCGAUUGAGUCCAUUUCUACAUUCUAGUCCAUGAAAUAUGUUUACCUUGGUAGACAGACUUCCUUAAAUCUAGACUGGGUGCAUGUUUUAUAAAUCUUGGUAACCCUCUCUUUCUAAGCCCGUUUUUAUGUUUUACUCGUUUAUACACCUGUGUGAGUAAAAGUUGUAACUAGAUAGCAGUCAGACAUAAUGUGGACAUGAUACAACUUUUUUUUUUAAAGUAAUUUGAGGCAACAUUCAAUAUCCUAUCUGGAAAGGAAACUGCUCCAGUAAAAGUUGGAGAUGAAAAGCAUCCUUUUUAAAGUUUGAUGUUAUGGAGAAAGUCCAUUUAGGCCAAAGUUGUAAGUCCCUGACACAGAACUUUCAGGAAGAUGAUACUGCUGUUUAUCACAACCACCUUUUUAACAUAAGAAAAUGUUACUUUUUUAUUUUGGCUUGUGUUUAGUAAUUCCUCUUUUUAAAUCCAAUUUUUUUUAAGCUUAUUUGGCUGCUUAUUUUAUGAUUCUUUCUUGCUACUGUAAUGCCCUUAGAUUACUUGUGUGUACCAAACAUUGUCACUGAGUUCAAGAAAUCAACUUUGUUUUGCAGCCAUUCCACUUUAGGUCGAUGUUUCUUUUUGGUGUUUCUUUUGUACCAUUGGCAAUGCUAUGUAGCAGCUUGAAUGACAUUUGAAUAACUGGCAUAUGAGAACAGAAUUGGGACUUUAUGGCCAUUUUUUUCUUCUAAAGUAGCUGACGCUUAUGUUUGAGGCUUCUGCAGUUAGAUCAUGGAUAUUUAAAAUCAGUCCGUUUUGAAGAUUUUAACAUGUUAGAAGUACAGUCAAACCCUGAAAGAAAUGGCUGGAAUCAAAUGUCAGUGUAUUUUGCUUGCAAAUCUAUUUUAUUAAAUGGACUACUUGAUA